CACAAUUCAAAUCAGGGAGCCAUUACAGACAAAGUGAAGCUACCAGCCUUUCAGCACCCGGUUAAGUUAUUCUGGCCCAAAUCAAAGUGUUAUGAUUUUCUGUACCAAGAGGCAGAGGAACUACUGAGGAACUUCCCUGUUCAGGCUACCAUCUCCUUGUAUCAGGAAUCGGACAGCAGCAGCGAGGAUGAAGAAUUUGUUGAGAAUUAA